AUGGGUUUAAAUUUAGAAAGUAUACAUUACACAUGUUUGGAAACUCUCGUUUCUGUUACUGAAAAUAAGGACUUUCAUUUAAAUAUUUUGAAAAGUAGCGAAAAGUUGAGCGAAAACUCUCAAAUAUCAAUUGGAAGCGACAAGAAUGACAUGUCGUUUUAUGAUAAGGCCAUUUCAGAAAUUUGUUCGAAUGGUCUCUUGGGUCCAAUAUUCAACUCGAUCAUGUACGAGAAGAGUCCUGCCAUACAAAGAAAGGCUCGAUACCUAUUAGAUGUAAUUUCGAAUAGAGAAAUUUCUCAUGAACCUCUCAUGCAUCGUUUAGACACAUUCAAAUAUUUGGUAGAUUCAAUGAAACCAGAAAAUGAGUUGAUUGCAGCAUUGGUCAUUUCUAGAAUGUAUUCAAACUCUUCCCUUUUCAAAACACUCUCUCUACAUCAAAACUUACCGUUUGUCAACAUGUUACAGCACAUGUACUCAUAUGGACACGAUGAAAAAGUGAAAAAGCUCAGCUCCAUUGGAUUAAUGAUUGCAAAAGGAAAAAAGUCAGAAACCACCUACUUGAAAGAGGAAGAACAUUCAUUGAAAUUGGCAAACCAUACAGAAUACGCCAAACAAUUACUGAUGCUUUCACUUUUUGGCCUCCUAUUCCGAUCUUCCUAUUUUAUUUUCAACUAUAGACUUCUUUCAAAAGUGCCUUACUAUUUACUACUGCCUACUGCAGUGGGUGAGACUUUAAAAAUUGAAAAAUCACUUACAGAAGCGAAAGCAAAUCAUGGAUGGUUACAUGUGGCUAGUACAUUUGCCAUUGCUACGGCCAUGUCACAGCUUCAAGCUGGAACGUUGCGAAUGGUCUUACUGCCCUAUCUAGCAGUUUAUUUCUUGGGAGGUUUGAGCUUGGACAGUGGUAAACUGUCACAUCAAAUAUCACCUUCACCCUCUGUACCUACCUCCUCUUUUUUGUAUUUGGAUGAUAUCACCAUUGAGCACAUCACAAAGAGGUUGAAUAGAAUUUUUUCUAGAUAG